AUGAGAAGACGGUCCAUUCAAUGGAAACAUGUUGAUGAUUAACCUUAAUGAACAUUUGUUUUGAUUGUUUGUUGGUAAUUUAAUUGCUCAAUUUGGGUUCAAAUCAUUGAUUACAUGACAUCUUUGUAUUUGCAGGAUUGAAGUUCUCAGUUUAAGGAUCAGCUGAUAACUUUUACCUUUGGAUUGAAUUGAUUUUAUAUUUUGAUUUAAUUGUGUUGAUUGUUUUUAGACUGUUCUAAAUUUAUAUUGACAAUGUCAGUGUUUACCAGAUUAAAUGGGAAGAUGGUUGUCCCUUCGUUAAGACCAAUUGGUAAAUGUUUUCGUUCAGUCAGUUCAAUGGAAUCGACUGGUGAGGCUUCAUUCGAGGAAGAAGAGGAUUUUGAACGAAUGCCAUUUUUACCGAAACCAAAGCAAACUGGUCGUGUUAAACGAGCGGAAAUGUAUCGAAGUGCAAUCAUGGCCCCAAGGUAUCUGAAAAUGUCCAUUGAUCAAGAUUGGAAUGCUGUUUGGCCAACAGCUAAAUCAUUUAAUCCAAACAGUGUUCCCUUACCUGUUUACAUGGGUUGUCUUGCGAAUAAACCUCGAUUGGGAAAAUUUAACAAUCCAGAGCUUGUGAAGAUUCCCAAUUUCCUUCAUUUGACACCACCUAAUAUUAAGAAACAGUGUCAAGCUUUGAAAAAGUUCUGCAGUCAAUGGCCGAUUGGAUUGGAGACCGAGGAAAAGAUUGAGAAACAUUUUCCCGUAGAAAUCAUCACCUCAGACUAUUGUCAUGCAUCUCCAACAAUCAGAGAUCCAAGGGCUCGUAUUGUUACAGUUCAAUUCAAAUUAUCCAGAUUAGAGCUUGAUGAGCAUUCAAGGGAUAAAAUGAUUCGUUUAUUAGACAAAAGAUACAACCCAGAAACCGAUAUGGUCACAAUCGAAACCUCAGCUUGUCCAUUGAGGAAACAAAAUAUUGAUUAUGCUUUUUAUCAAUUAACUGCAGUUUAUUAUGAAUCAUGGAAAACCGAAGAUUGGGAAAAAUUGAAAGAACCUCAGGAUUGGGAGAGAUUCUUCUUUGAGAAAAGUUCAUCCAAGAAGAAAAUUAUGGAAAUUUUGAAAGAAAGUAAAUCACAAAAAGAUGAUUUAGAAGUUAAAAGCAAAACUGACAUCGAAAAUUAUGGAAAAGCUUUAACCGACUUGUUGGAUGGCCAAGAAAACGAUGAAACAAUCGAUGCUUAUGGUAGAAGUGUGACUAAACUAUUAUUCAGUUGAACAAUCAAUGGUUAAUUGUAAAUAUAACAAAACCAUUAAAACUGUAAUGUAUAGUUAAUUUAGCCAAAAAUUUAAUGGUGAUGAGUGAAAUUUGUAAGUCAGAAUACAAUUUAUACACAAAGUUUACCAGUGAA